AUGUCGUCUCCUGUCCAAGUCAGUACGGGGAUCUGGACCGACUGGUCUCUCGGCCAAGUCCAGGGACUUACUGUCACGCUUCGCUCGCAAGAUGCAGCAUUGCUCACCGCCUUCAUCGCCAUCUACAUUCAAAUCGCCAGUUCAGGAAGCUGGAAAAUCGUUCAAUUUAUCAUCCAUCAAAUCAGAGCUAGCAAACAAAACGAUGAUGAAGAUGCUUUGUUUCAUCAGCAGCAAAUCAUACUUCGCAAUUCUUCAUCACCACUCUCGGCAUUGACCGAUCUGCUGAGUAUGGCGUGGGCAUGGCGGCGCUUCGCAGCCUCGUUUAAGAGGUCUAUCGUUUUGGUGCUGUUGGCCUCCGUCCACUUCGCUGCGUUCGCAAUCGCAUCAUUGUAUUCAUCCCGCAUCUCUUCUCUCUCAAGCCAGCAUAUGUUGGUAGAAAGUUCGAACUGUGGUACGUGGAGUUUUUCAGGAGACUUCCAGGAUGAAGACGUACAGAGCCGAAUUAUCAACGAGACAAUCACCGCAGCCGCUUAUGCUCGAGGAUGUUACAGCAGUAAUCGGACUGAUGGCCAGUGUGGAGGGUACGUCAACUCGAGACUACCUUGGACAGCACACAGUAACGCUGCAUGCCCCUUCCCAACCGGGCGGUGCAGAGGUGAUACGGGCGCUUACAGCAUGGACACUGGACCUCUGGAAUCAUUCCGGGCUUUGGGCAUUAAUUCAAAGCCCUCAGAUCGAGUGACUUAUAGAAAGGUCACAACAUGUUCUCCAAUACAUGUUGAUUCCUUUGAGAAACUCGAACAGACAUCAAGUCCCAACGGAACUCUCCCGGUUGACAGGCUGUAUCUGGGACCAUCAGCGUUCGGCCUUCUCGAGUACACCUAUCAGUACGCCGUGGAGUCUGUCCGUGAUGGGAUUGGUUAUGGGUUGAAUACCUUCUUGUCAAAUCCUCUUGUGAAAGGUGCAUGGCAACCUGUGGACGACUUGGAUCGCGCUGAUGCCGACACUUCGAUCUUUUUCCUGAAUCAGAACAGUAUCAGAUACAACACACCGGUCUUUGAUCCUAUGUUCGAGACAGGACCCGUCGAGGAUGCUGCUGGAGGAGACCAAAACGUUGGCUACUAUUAUACUACCGUCCUCAGUUGUAUCGACCAGCAUCAGUUCUGUAGCCCGUCUAUACAAGGCAGUCAAGGCGCAGCAAAGACCUGCACGCCGCUUACAAAUUACGUCGAUGCCAUCUCGAAUCUUUCGACGCUAUCUUUAACCGAAAAGCAGGCGGCAGCUUCUAGUCGAAUUACGAGGGUACUGAAGUACCUGGAUAUGCACUAUGCAGUAUAUGGUCGAGGAGCAUCCGCUUUGAGAGCAAACGAGCUCGUGAGGCAUGGUGACCAAGCAUUGGGCGGUGCAACUUUGAUCACUUCGCCGUCUUUGCCUGCAAAUCAUUGGCAAACCGAAGUGGAUCUUUGGUUCGGCGUCACCAUGGCUAGGCUACAGCAGGCAGUUAUUGACUACGCUACUGGACCUUCCGAUCUUGGCUCAGAUGGGACCGUCAUUCCUCCAACUCCUGGUGCGGACCAAGCGCUAUGCCAUGAGCAAAGAGUGCCUAAGAAAAGCGGAUAUCAGAACUUCAGCAUCCUGGCGAUAUCGAUCGUGGUGUUUGCGUGCACAUUGUUGAUCGCACUUGGUUUUGCUGUACCGGCACUGUGUGCGCGCUUGCAAAAAGCCCGCAACGAAGGAAGCCGACCCAGGCUUGCAUGGAUUCUGGACUACACCUUGCAACUCCAUCGCAUGGCACAAGAAGGACGUGGUUGGGGUGAUGGUAUCUGGAAGAGUUGCGGCGAAACCGUACCUAUCUUGACAGAAAAGCCUCUGGGCAAGUACGUAUUGUGUUCGCAUGAAAGGAUCGAGGCAGCGCCAACACCAGACGAUUCUGACUCCAACAGAGAGGUGGUAACUCCAAAAAUGCGUUAGGGGCAGGCAACAUAUUUUUGGCGGUUUUCAGAAGAGAUUAUUGAACUCAUGUCUUUUACUCUUGCGACAGUCGUCGUUCAUUCCCAGUGUGCUGUUCAUGACUCUCGAACCCUCGAUACCCUCCGCAGUCUCCCAUACCGAUCUCUGGUAUCGACUUUGUUGACUCUCAAAGCCAGGAAGCAGAUUGAGAAUGCAGUGAAGAUAAGUACAUUCCAGUGCCAACCGCCUUUCAUGUAAUAAAUGAAUGGUCCGCCAAGAAUGGCGGUGAGGAGUGUGAGCAUAUCGACAGUGUACACUACAUUUCUUGCUGGGGUAACAAACAACACUGGCCCUGCGAAGUCCAUCCUAGAAGAUCUCGGUGAAG